AGAGAGCAGGGAUUAGCUCCCUCUCCACCUGCCCCCCUUUUGCCCCCUCCAACCUUUUUUUACGCGCCCGUGUCACACUCCUACUUUCCUAUUUCUUGCCCUCCCGCUCCUUUACGGGUGAUCUGGACGCCAUCCAUCCGUCAACCAUGUCGCGACCUUAUUAUAACCAACAAGGCUAUCCGCCUCAGCUACGUCCUGGUUCGGCCCAACAGUCCCCGUAUCCCACCUCGCCGCAACAACAGUACCAGGCCUACGCGCCCCCCUCGGUACCUCCUAAUAAGCCCGUCCCCUCGCCUUCUCCGGGCCCGCACUCAGCCUAUUCGGCUCCCCAGUCGGCAUAUCCUAAUUCUCAAUCACCUUACCCUGGGCCGGGUUAUGCGUCGCAAUCUCCAGCUCCUCAGAGUUAUUCCCCUGCACCCGGUUAUCCGUCACAAUCUCCGGCUCCUCAGGCUUACUCACCGUCGCCAUACGGAUCUCAGGCUCCGCCGCAGCAGGGCUAUCCUCAACAAUCUCCCUAUGGGACGAGAGAGCCCCCAUCCGGACAGUAUGGGCAAUCACAGCAAGGCUAUGGCCGACCUCCGCCUCCCCCACCGCAAGCUCAGCCCUAUGGAGCGUCUGGACAACAAUAUCCUCAGCAGCAAUCCUCUCAAGGACCGUCUUACCCUCCUCAAAAUGCCCCUUACCCUGGCGGCCCAGGACGCCCUCCGCAGCAGGGUCCACCAGCUGGAGGACCGGGAGCGCCAUAUGGCGCCGCUGGUGGUGCGCCUCCCGCUACCCGUGCAACUGAACAGCAGAUCGCCGCCUACAGACAGCUCUUGAUCGGAACCAUCCAGGAGAAAGGAUUGCAAAGCUUUUGGCCCCCGGGGCGGCUUGAUGAAUUGGUCCAGACGCUUGCCAACGAGGCGCCAGCAAAGGUUAACAAACUCAUGAACGAACUCCGCGUGCCCCAAGAAGUGGCUAUGGAUAUUAUGAAGUUGUCUCUUUUCGAUGUCAUCCUUUACGUGGAUGACAGUGGUUCUAUCGAGUUUGAGGAACGCGGUGUCAGGAAGGAGCAGCUGAAACAAAUCAUUGAGAUUGUUGCCGCUGCUGCGUCUACAUUCGACGACGACGGCAUCUCGGUGCGGUUCAUGAACAACGCUGAGCAAGGAGACGGCAUCCGCAACGCAGAUGAUGUCGGCCGGCUCGUUUCCCGUGUUCGCUUCCAGGGCCUUACUCCCCUGGGCACCAGCCUCCGUAGCAAGGUUCUCGACCCUAUGGUUGUAGGCCCGGCCCGGGCGGGUCGGCUGCAGAAGCCAGUCCUGAUCAUCACCAUUACAGAUGGGCAGCCGGCGGGAGAGCCUCUCGAUAGCGUCUCCAGCUCGAUCGGCUACGCCGUGGGCGAGGUUUCCCGGACUCAGUAUGGACAGGGUGCUGUUUCAUUCCAGUUCUCGCAGGUGGGUAAUGACACCAAGGCCCGGGACUUCCUCGCUUCGCUCGACGAAGAUCCGAGGAUCGGAAUGUUGAUUGAUUGCACUUCCAACUUUGAGGUUGAGCAGGACGAAAUGUCUCGCGCUGUACCACCGGUCUACUUGACUCGAGAGCUCUGGUGCGCCAAACUGAUGCUCGGUGCCAUUGAUUCCUCGUACGACACCAAAGACGAAAAGGCUGCCGGCAGAAAUGCUGCGGCUGGGGCUCCCCCGUCUGGACCGCCUUCCGGGCCUCCUGGAGGAGCUCCCCGUGGUGGCAACCAGUACGGUUCCUAUGACCAGGGUGGGUAUUACAACCAGGGCCCUGCUCCCAGCUAUGGUCAGCCCCAGCAAGGAUCGUAUGGAUCUGGCCAGGGCUACGGUCAGGGAUAUGGCCAGGGCUACAAUCAGGCACCAUACCCCCCCAGUCAGGGUCAAGGCCAGGGACCAGCACCUGGUUAUGGACAGUCUUACGGCGGAUAUGGCGCUGCCUCGCCUCAUCCCAAUCAGCCCGGAUAUGGUCAGUCUUCUGCGGGAGCGACGCGGGGUUAUUCUCCCUAUGGAGUACCCCCAGCACCACCCAGGUACUAGACAAGGCCCGGGGAAUUUCUAGCGGAAUUGAUCGGUAGUGGAGAUUGAGGGUUUUCUUUUAAUGAUGGCUUUUCUAUGACGUUGCUAGCAUAUUCUAGUGCGCAGGUGAACUGAGACUGGCAGGCAGUAGGUCAAGGGCACGAUAGAUCCGGCUAGGUGGAUAUUAUUCGUAAAGUCAAAAUUGAGCAAUUUCAUCUUCCUUGCCUCUCGGUAACACACUGUAGUGUUCUAACAGCU